AUGACGGACUCGGAACCAGAUCAUGAACGUCGACGGAGAAGACCUGCUGUUUCGUGCUCUUUCUGUAGAAGACGCAAAAUCAAAUGCAAUCGAGAAGUCCCAUGUAGCAAUUGUGUAAGAUCAAGUAUCGCAGCCAAUUGUGUCUACGACAAAUUUCCUACGCCUUCCAGAACUCAAGCUCAAGCUCAAGCUCAACUUAAUGAGCUUCGACAAGCUCCAGGUCAGAGACAAAACCAUCAGCUUCCAAUCGGGCCAACUUCCGAAAGAGACGCAAGCUUAACUCCUGGUAUUCCAAUAUGUCCCGUAUCACCUUCGUUAAACGAUUCGAUGCCAUUGUCAUUAACAGGUCUAUAUACUACACCAAACACAGAUUUAACUAGUGAUGUCGAGUCUAUGAAACGAAGGAUAAAGGAACUUGAAGAUCAGCUUUCGAUUGCGACUAGACCUUCUGUUACAUCCACUGCUCGUCCACAUCCUGCCCUCUCUCCUGCAAGCUCCAUAAUUUCUAACAGAGAGAAAAAAUCUUCACUUGCUGGGACCUUCCACGUACAUAAAGAAAGUCGGCCAUUCAGUGUGGAUCAUCCCGUGGCCGUAACUUAUGGAGUUUUACACAAAACUCGACUGCUGGGCCGAAGCCAUUGGAUUAAUGCAGUUACCGGACUCAAGUUGAUAUUCGCAAUUGGUGCUGCCACGUAUGAUGAUCAAUUCUCCCUCCGUAGUUCGGCUGUCCGAUGGGUGUAUGAGGCGCAGACUUGGAUUUCGGAACCAGAAUUCAAGUCACGAUUGACUAUAAAAUCAUUACAGACGGAGAUUUUACUCCUGUUCGCUCGAGAAAUGGCCGCUAUUGGUGGAAGAUUGAUUUGGGUUUCAGCGGGCUCAUUAUUCAGAAAUGCAGUAUACAUGGGACUUCAUAAAGACCCCGCUUCUCUUCCAAAGAAGACUAUAUUUGCUGCUGAGAUGCGUCGAAGAAUAUGGAAUACGAUAUUAGAGUUGAUGUUGUUCUCAAGCAUGGAUUCCGGCGGACCUCCGCUCAUAUCACUUACUGAUUGGGACACCGAACCUCCUGCGAAUUUCGACGACGAUGAACUUUUGAUCGCUGAUGCUAUACCUCGACCACAGACUGAGUUUAGUCACACGUCUCUCGCAAUUAUACUUCGCAAGACCCUUCCACUUCGCCUCGCAAUUGUAAAGUCAUUGAACAAUGCCAGCAUUGCAUAUCUUGAUGCCGUACGACAAGGUCACUGUGGUGAGAAACUUGCAGCAUUGAUAGUGAGCGCUGCGGAACAAGCAGUGGAAGAAUGCGUAGUAGUUCUGGAGAAGAUGGCAGCUCAAGAUCAAAAUCAGCCGGAUGAAUUGAGCAAGACGUCGCUAGCGACUCCACCAGAUUUGAUGGAGGAUUGGGAUUUCAUGAUGACAAAUGCUCAAUACAAUUUCGGAGAUGCGUUGGGUUGGGCAUUUAAUUACGAUAAUUCUCAAGAGUCGUCAUUAUGGUAA